AUGGCGGUGCGGAAGAAAGACGGCGGCCCGAACGUAAAAUAUUUCGAAGCGUCUGAUACAGUCUCGCAGUUCGACAAUGUCCGCGUUUGGUUGGGCAAGAAUUAUAAAAAGUACAUCCAGGCGGAGCCCCCCACCAACAAGUCUCUGUCCAGCCUGGUGGUCCAGCUGCUGCAGUUUCAGGAGGAGGUGUUCGGACGACAUGUCAGCAACCCACCUCUCACCAGGUUGCCGAUGAAGAGUUUCCUGGACUUUAAGUCUGGUGGGGCUCUCUGCCACAUUCUGGCUGCAGCCUACAAGUUCAAGAGCGAUCAGGGCUGGCGCAGGUUUGACUUUCAGAAUCCUUCUCGGAUGGACCGCAAUGUGGAGAUGUUCAUGACUAUCGAGAAAUCUCUAGUACAGAACAACUGUCUGAGUCGACCAGUGAUCUACCUGAGCUCUGACAUUGAGGCCAAGCUGCUGGGGAAACUGAAGGACAUCAUCAAGAGGCACCAGGGCUCAGUGACUGAAGACAAGACGUCCAGCUCCCAUGUGGUGGUUCCCAUCCCUGCCAGUCUGGAGGAGGAGGAGUGGGUGCGUCCGGUAAUGAAGAGAGACAAGCAGGUGCUGCUCCACUGGGGAUACUAUCCUGACAGCUAUGACACCUGGAUCUCAGCCAGUGAGGUGGAGGCUGCUGUGGAAGAAGCGCCCAGCCCAGAGAAACCCAGGAAGGUCCAUGCCAAGUGGAUCCUGGACCUUGACCAGUUUAAUGAGUGGAUGAAUGAGGAGGACUAUGAGGUGGGGGAGGCGGGCCCCAAGAGGAAGAGGAUCUCAGCCAAGACCCUGACGGAUGAGGUCACCACCCCAGGGGACGAGCGUCGUGACAAGAAGCCCGGCAGUGCCAAGAAGAGGAAGCGCUCGCCCUCCCCCUCGCCCACCCCACCACCCCAGGAGAGCAAGAAGAAGAACACAAAGAAAGGGUGUGGGCCCACCACCCCGUACACUAAGUCUAAGCGAGGCCAGAGAGAGGAGGAGCCGGAGGAUCUGACUAAAGAUCUGGAUGAACCAUCACCUGUACCUGCAGUGGAGGAGGUCACCCUACCUAAGACAGCCAACACUAAGAAAGACUCUGAGUCAACACCAGUAAAGGGAGGUACCAUGACAGACCUGGAUGAGCAAGAGGAUGAAUCCAUGGAAACUGCAGGAAAGGAGGAGGAGGAGGGCUCUCCGAGUGUGAAGGGAGAGCCGGUGAAAGGGUCGGACCUUCAUGAGGACAACGUGACCGAGCAGACCCACCACAUCAUUAUCCCCAGCUAUGCUGCCUGGUUCGACUACAACAGUGUCCAUGCUAUCGAGCGUAGAGCCCUCCCAGAGUUUUUCAACGGCAAGAACAAAUCCAAAACCCCUGAGAUUUACCUGGCCUAUAGGAACUUCAUGAUUGACACUUACAGGCUGAACCCGCAGGAGUACCUCACCUCUACCGCCUGUCGUAGGAACCUGGCCGGAGACGUGUGCGCCAUCAUGAGGGUGCAUGCGUUCCUGGAGCAGUGGGGUCUGAUCAACUACCAGGUGGACUCAGAGAGCCGGCCCACCCCCAUGGGCCCCCCGCCCACCUCCCACUUCCACGUCCUGGCUGACACCCCCUCCAGCCUGGUGCCCCUGCAGCCCAAGGCCUCCCAGACUCCGGCGGCCCAGCAGAUUCUGUCCUUCCCAGACAAGGUGAAGGAGAAGCAGCCAGCCGACCUGCAGAACUUUGGCCUGAGGACAGACAUGUACAGCAAGAAGACUGGGCCUCCUAAGAGUAAGACUGCUGCCAGCGCCAUGCGAGACUGGACCGAACAGGAGACACUACUGCUGCUAGAGGGUCUAGAGAUGUACAAGGAUGACUGGAACAAGGUGUCGGAGCACGUGGGCUCACGUACCCAGGACGAGUGUAUCCUGCACUUCCUGCGUCUGCCCAUCGAGGACCCAUACCUGGAGGACACGUCCUCGUCCCUGGGCCCCCUGGCCUACCAGCCCGUCCCCUUCAGCCAGGCAGGCAACCCCGUCAUGAGCACCGUGGCCUUCCUGGCCUCCGUGGUGGACCCCCGCGUGGCCUCCGCAGCCGCCAAGUCUGCCCUGGAGGAGUUUUCGCGUAUGAAGGAGGAGGUCCCAGCAGCACUGGUGGAGGCCCAUGUGAGGAGGGUGGAAGAGGCGGCGCGGACCAGUGGCAGACAGGACCCCCUCUACGGCCUGGAAGGCAGUGGCAUCGCAGGCACCAGCCUGGAGGAGGGAGAAAAACCUGAAGAGAGCAGUGAGGAGAGUAAAAGUGACAGCCAAUCCAGUGAGGAGAAGAGGGAGACCAAGGAGAACAAAGAGGGAGCCAUGGAAGAGGGGGAGAAGAAAGGAGAAAAUGGGAAGAAGGAGGAGGAGAGAGGGAGAGAGGGAGAAGGAGAGGGAGAGCAAGAAGCUGAGAAGACAGACUCGGAGAUGGGUGAUGGAGAGAAGGAGAAGGAAGGGAAGGAGGGCUUGGAGGAGGGCCAGAGAGAAGGAGAGAGUGAGGGAGAGAGGAAGGCUAAGGUGGAGCGGGAUGUGGGAGAGGGGAACCUGGCUACCGCUGCUGCCUCUGCCCUGGCUGCUGCUGCCGUCAAAGCCAAGCACCUGGCUGCGGUGGAGGAGAGGAAGAUCAAGUCUCUUGUGGCUCUGCUGGUGGAGACUCAGAUGAAGAAGCUGGAGAUCAAACUUAGACACUUUGAAGAGCUGGAGACCAUCAUGGACCGAGAGAGGGAGGCGUUGGAGUACCAGAGGCAGCAGCUGCUGGCAGACCGUCAGUCGUUCCACAUGGAGCAGCUGAAGUAUGCAGAGAUGAGGGCGCGUCAGCAGCACUUCCAACAGAUCCAGCAGCACAGCCAGACUGGAGGCCCACACUCCGCCCCGGCCCCCACUGGCCCCCCACCCCCACCCCAGGGCCCCUCAGCCACCCAGUCCCAGCCAACCUUCAGUACCCCUGCACCACAGCCAGCUCCCAGCCCAGCACCCCUUACCACCUCCAUCCCUUCCUCUGCCCAGCCCACUGAGCCCCAGCCGCCCCCCAGUGGUCCUCACACCUCACCUCCCCGCCCGCCAGGCCAGCCCCCCACGACCCACUCCAGCACCACCCCAACACUCCACGAGCCUAGUGCCCCUCUACCUGAGGAUACACACCACUCCUCAGCCCCAGUUCCCCCUCCACAGUGAAAAGAAAGAGAGCGAGAGAUAGGAUCCUGGCAAACUGAAUGACAUUGACCACUUUGUACCUAUGAAUCCUGCCUGUUUCAUCUAAAAAUGAAGAAGUCAAACUGAAGGACAUAUAACAAACUUUGAUCAUGUUUAACAUUUUGAACGAUUUACAUGAGAAAGAAAAGCAAAACAAAAACAUUUCACUGAAGUCUACCUUACCAGAGUGAAUAUAAAGAUCCUCCUCAACUAAACAAGAAAAUACCAAUGAAGAACUUUAUCGAUUUUCAAACUAACAGUCCCCCAGUAAUUUUUUCAGACAUAAGUUGCCUAAUGACUUUCACCUUUCACAUCAGAGCCCAAGGUUAAACCAAGAGUAUGGUCAUGUAAAUACACCACUUGACCUGAAGAUAUGAAGAGAACUAAAAGGCUCUUGUCUAAGCAGUCCUUUGACCAGUGGUGCUUUGGUGCUUUCGUUUCCUGCUAUAGUUUACUGAAGUCAGAUGUUCUACCAUGUUCCCAGAGGUACCUACCUACCUAUUCACCCACGGUACCCAUGGUAGGAAUUUAUAAAAGAGAAAAAAAGAUUUGCACUUUGAAAAGAUGUUUCCCCGGUGGCCAUAUCUAGAGACAUGAAGCAUUAUUAAUGGCUCUAUUCAAUCAGCGUCGCAGAAGUUCAGCGUUACAGAGUGAUUUAAAUGUAAAGGCAAUGUUAGUGGAGACUGCAUUCACAGUAAACACUGCAUAUGUCAGCUCAAUCAGAAAUUACCUUUACAUUGCUAUCGCGCAAUCUGUAACACUUCAGCAAUACAGAUUGAAUAGAGCCCUAACUCAAUUGACCUGAAGCACUUAGCUGCUCUCUUGUUUUGAACUUUUACUACGAUGUCAUAGUUUCCAAAUAUGAGAUUCUCAGUUCUAGGUCACCUUAUUUCAUUGGAUUGGCUGCUUGUUGCCCUAUGUGUGUGAAUGUGCUGUUAUAGAGCAUUGGGGUUGGUCUGUUGGUUAGAUGUAUCCUAAACUAAAACAAAGUAUGUGUUAGGGAAAUGAAAAAGGAUGAACGAAUGGUAUUACUCUUUUGUAAUGAUAUGUAUUCCACUUGGAAACCGUCUCAUCUUGCCCUACUGCCAUUUGUUAUUAAGACUAUGUACUGUAAACUGGAUUUUCUGUUACAAAUGUUUCACUCCAAUUGGAACAGAAAAUCCCUCCAUGACUGAGCAUUAGAAACCACUUAAAGUAUUGAUGAAGGGCCACACCCCCAGGGCCACACCCCCAGAGUCAGAGUGCCCUCUAGGACACAAUGUCCUAAAAGGCCUUAUUUGAACUGUAUUUUGGGCUCGAUUCAAUCAAUAUAGCAGAAGUUCAGCGUUACAGAGUGAUUGAAAUGUAAAGGUAAUGUUCCUGCGUUAGCGGAGACUGCAUUCACAGUAAACACUGCAUAUGUCAGCUCAAUCGGAAAUGAUCUUUACAUUGCUAUCGCUCAAUCUGUAACACUUCAGCAAUACAGAUUGAAUAGAGCCCUUUGUUUUUUAAGUUGAACAUCUGAAGCACUUCUGAAACAGUUGUGCAUGCUCAGAGCAGAGCAUAAUCAUAAGCCUAGCAGUAACUGCACAAAUAAGAUGGUGUUUGUCAGCAUGUCCAGUAUGGCUAGUCAGUAUCAGUGAAUCAUACCAUUGUAGAGAUUAUACUCUAAAACAAUUACUGGAUAUAGCUCCGGAAGAACCUUAUUGGCAACUUCAAAGAUAACAGGCAUCACCAUCACAAAGCAAUUUUCUCCAUAUGAGUUUGUGGGGUGAAGCCAGAGGUGUGGACAUUUGGAAAUCCACUGAUUUUUAUAGUUUGUUUUGUGUUUUCCAAUGACCUUUCCAACUCGCAUGAAGCUGUUCGUAUGUGAUGGAAGUGGCUUUAAUGUUACAAAAUAACUUUCUAAGUCAAGGAAUCUGAGAAGUCAGUUCAGCUUACAGAGGAGAAUUGUGUCCUUUAAUAUCUGUAAACAAUAUCUUCUCUAUGUAUCCUAUCUAUUUUUAUAAUAUUUGACUGUCAGGUUUUCCAUUUUUGUUUCUUUGAUAUUAUUGUUUGCAUUUUAUUGCUGUAUUUUAUUAUCUAUGUAACCUCUAAUCCCCUCCCUCAUUGUCAUGUGCGUGAUCCUGAUAGGCCUCCAUGACCUUUCAAUCAGUGUGACUGUGAGCAUGGGUGUGUUUUCCCCAAUGUUCCUUCAGUUCAGUUCCAUCUAACCCCCUUGUGUCAUUGUUUUGAAUUGUUACAAAGGCUGAGAAAUUGGGAUGCUCAUUGUUCUCAUACAGAAGUACAAAAUGAUGACACAGCAACACAUCACACAAACCCACUCCUCUGACAGUGUCAUACAUAUACUCCGAUAAUAAAACUUGUGUCCAGAUAGCCAGUGUUAGAAACUUCACUACAGUCGUGACCAUGGAUGGACUGCUUUGGUCUCUGUUAUUGCAUUGUGUGGAUUUCGUGAUAUGAAAUAUGUGUGUAUGUUCAGUUUCUUGUUUCUGUUUGUUUUUCAUGAUUGCUAACGAUAGCAAUGAUUGCAUUGAUUAUACAGUAGAAAUGAACCUUUCCUCAGUCAAACUGUUGCCAAAUGAGUGUCAACAGUUGCUCUGCAGUUCGUAUUGAAUUAAAAAAAAUAUAUAUAUGCGAAGGUUUUACUUACAAUUUUUUGGGGGAAAGUCAAAUAAAUGAAGAUGACAUGA